AUGUCAAACGAAUCGCAUGUUGGAGUUGUUGAUCUUUAUCCCUAUAUAUUUCGAUCAAUUGAUGAAAAAUAUAAUGGAGCGGUAAGAAUUCGUGAUAAAACAGGAUGGGAUGAAAUAUUUGAACCAACUUAUACAUCAAUUGAACAUUCAAAUCGAUUAAUUAUUGAAUGGUCUAUCAAUUCAUUUUCACUUUUUGCCUCAUUUUUGCUUUGCUUAUUUCUUUGGUCAAAUAAGAAAUUGAUGUUUGAAUAUUCAGUAAGUUUUUUGAAUAUUUGAAUAUAAAAAUGUGUGUCUAUCGAGAAAUCGAUCUACGUUACAUAAUAACAGAACAUAGUGUUACGAGCCCGAUUUUUCGAAUGAUCCAUUUUUAUUCGAUUUAAUUUCAGCAUUCAAUAACAUUCAUCACAUUUGCUUCACAUUUUCUUUAUUGGCCAUUCUACAUUUUUGCAACGUGGCAAACUAUAAAUCUACUUUUCGAACAUGUUCCAUAUUAUUCAUCUGUUUUAUCAUGCACAAUACUUCGACAUAUUGUUAUAUCAACAUUCCAUUCAGCGACUCUUGUUAUUUUUCCUGUUUCAAUCAAUCAAAUUGUAUUGUUAUUCAGAAAGAAACCAUUGAAUUUUGAAACUUUAGUGGCUAUUCAAAUAUGUCUAACAUUUUUCGAACUAUUUUUUGUGUUAGGACAUAUAAUCGAAGGAAAUAUAACAAUGAAUGAUAUUUGUUCGAGAUUCAUAUCGUCUUAUUAUGUUUUUGCUGUAUCGGUUUGUGAAUCUCAAUUCAAAAUGAAUUCCCAAAUUAUUUUUUUUUAAAUUUCAGAUGAUCGUAAAUCAUUCAAUUCUAAUGUUCAGUCUUAUUGUAAAUAUUAUCUCAUUGAUAAUGGAAAAAUUGAGACUUUCGAAAACAUUGAAAAAAUCUUGGAUUAUUUUGAUAAUGAGUAUAACCCAUAUAUUUUUCCAAACUCCGUUAUCAAUUCGACAAUAUCGAGUUCUUCUAUCAAGUAAAUUUUUCUAUUUGUUUUUCUUUCAAUAUAAACAUACAACUAUUUCAGGAUUUGCAGGACAAUUAGAGCAAUCAAAUUUCAAGAAAAACAUGGGUUAUAUGAUAACAUUUUCAUGUGUAUUUAUAACUCCGUUAAUUAGUAUGUUAUUAAUUCGAAAAUUCCGUCGAGCAUUUCUUCAUUUGUCGUCACAAUCUUCGCCUUCUACCUCCUCCUCAAAUUCUUCUUUACAAAAAUAG